UUUUUUCUUCUUUUUUUCAGAAAUCAGAUUUCAGAUCAGACAGAGUGUCUCUAAUGGCGGAAGAUUCAGAAACCCUCACUGCAAAUCCACCAACACCAUCGUCAAUAUCAUCGCUGCCGAAAUCUCCUAAAGAAAGUAUUUCUAAACAACCUCCUCAACAGGUGCCACAAUUUUCUGGGUUCCCAACUUUUAAUGGAGAUUUUCAGAUGUUUCCUAUCAUGUAUCCUGCAAUUGUACCUGGGUAUAUCCCUUUACAGAAUCAAGAGCACGUAAACAAUGGGGCUGGAAUUUAUGCUGUGCCUGUUCAUCAUUCUAUGGGUCGAGUGGCUGGCUUUCCUCCCACUACUCUUAUUCCUCUUACCUACAGUACUCCCACAAGGACAAGUCCUCCAGAGGGUGGUGCAGUAGCUGGAGAACAUGGACAACAAGAAGGGAGGCCACAGCAUGCUCCACAACGACCAGUUGUAGUAAGGAGAUUUCACUUUGCGUUUCAGCUUGACUUGUUACUGAUACUGAAGCUGGCAGCUGUUAUUUUUGUGUUCAACCAAGAUGGAUCAAGACAAAGACUUCUUCUUCUUGUUUUCUUUGCUGCGCUUGUUUAUCUAUAUCAAACUGGAGCACUAACACCAAUAAUCCGGUGGCUUUCUCAAGGCAUGCAGAGAGCAGGGCCUCCACAAAGGCCAGCUGUCAGGGCUGAAAAUGCUCCUGCUGCUGUUAGAGCUGAGGGUGAAAAUGCUGUCCAGCCAGAGGUACAACCUGGAGCUGAGAACGUGAUUGGAGAAAAUGUGAACCCACCGGCUAAUGACGAAAACAUCAACCCUCCAGAGCCCGCCGGUCGGGUCAACUGGUUGGUUAUUGUGAAGGAGAUUCAGAUGAUUGUCAUAGGAUUUAUCACUUCGUUACUCCCAGGAUUUCAUAAUGUGGAUUAGAGAUUAAUUUAUUAUAUGCAAAUUAGAAACCAGCCUCAUGGGUGUACUAAACAAAUGGAAAACCGCAAGAAAUGAAAUAGAAGGAAACGAAAGGGAUAAAUUAAACAUUUUUCUUGAAUUAACAGAAUUUUUUCCUUGAUCUCUUCGUUGUUGUUGUUGGUUUUGUAAGCUGUAAGUAUCUUGUGUAAAAUUUUGUGUACUUCAAUAAUGUCUUAUUUUACCAGUUCCUUGACCA